CUAUGUUUUGUUCUUCUCUUUUGUUUGUGGUGAACCAUUAACCCACUGAUUGUACAUAUUCUUUUGUAUGAGGAAGAAGCUUCCACAGAGUAAGUGUUACUUCUCUAUUUUCGAUGUUAUGUGGCACUGGAAUAGAGUAACUAUAUGUUGUUUUGAGAUGAAUUUGCUACUCUUAGGAGGAUGACCAAGCUUGGUAAUUCUCCAUGCAGGCCUCAGAGAAAGAAAGAAGAUUGUUAAUUAUAAUGCUUCUGAUUUGGGGUGGUGGAGCUGGUUCCAGCAAGUCUAAAGCUGCUCCUGCUUCCAAGUUCGCCAAGAAGUCCCAGGAUGACAAAACAGAGAGCAAACCAGAGGAUUCAAAUGUUAGCAGAGAAAAAGAGGAUAGCUCUGAAGAGGAAAACCUCAAAACCGUAGGUAAAUCAGCCGGUGCAAAAUCCAGAAGCAGCAAAGAGAUACCAAAAGCUGGAACAUUAAAGGACCAAGGAGACUCUGGCAAAUCCAAAGCUUCAUCCAAGAAAAAAGAAGAGCCGUCCAAGACUACAAUGAUGUCUUCAAAAUCCAAGUCAGGACCUGCAAAACCUUCAUCGGCCAAGGGCAAAGCAGCAAAAGGCAAGCAAAAUCUUCACCUUCCUCCAAGGGCAAGGAGAGCGUUGUGGAGUCUGAAGAAGAGACACUGAAGGCACCAGAACCAGC